CCAACAACAAAAUGACAACAGAGCUUGACAGGAGAAAGUGUUGUUGUCGCUCGCUCGGUACGCAUUACAGUAGAAGUCACUUCAACACUUUUAGGUUCUAUUCGUCAGUGUUGGCCUUUCCAAACAUCUGGGACUAUGGAUUAGACAGAUCUGAUGCACCGUUCUAAGUCACACCACAGGACACCAUAAAAUGAACCUAAGCAUUGCGUGACAGAAAGAUUGCAAUAUGAAGACAUAUUAAGAGGUUAAGAGUCACCUUAAACUUCCACAGCACUCUCCAAUAACUGAGCACAUCGCCUGUACUAGACCUAUCUGAGCUGAGCAAGAUGUUCAACAGCCACCUGCAUCCACACCAGUUCCAUCAGCAGCAGCAGCAGCAGCAUCAGCAGCUGCUGCGGCAGUAUCCACAUGUCCUGGCCCAUCAGCACAUGCGACCGCCCGCGGUGCACCCUCCACCGCAGCCCCCCCGCCCUGCACAGCCUCCACAGGCCCCGCACAUGCACUACCCAGCUCAUGCCCACCAGAGGCCAAGCCUGGUCCCUGCUGCGCUGCACCCAGCUGCUCCACCCCCCCACCUGUGCCCCCCCGGCACUGGCCCUGUCCCCAUGAUGGCACCUGCAAUGAUGGGCGGAGCCAUGUUCAUGCAACGCAUGCAGAGUUUCUCGGUGGCUGGCGGUCCCCAGUUUACCCAGUUCUUCAUGGCGGGAGUCCGGCAGUCCAUGCUGAGGCCGCCUCACCCCGUAGCUCCAGUCCGGAUGCCCCAGGCCAGCUUUGCACCCGCCCGCUACCCCACUGUCCCAACUACCAGUACCAGUAGCAGCAAUAGCAGCUGUAACAGCAACAGCAGCAGCAGCAGCAGCAGCAGCAGCAGCAACAACAUCAGACAGGAUCCUCUUACGCCAUUGGCUGAGAGCAGGAGGGAGGGCGGGGAGACGGCAGGGAAAAGCUGUGACGUGCAGGGCGAUGCCCUUGGCACAGAGGGCAAAGAUGUCACCAUACCAGCAGGAGAGGCAGUGGAGAAGGAGGAGAAUGGCCAGACUGCUACUCAGCAGGAGGAGCCACCAGCCAAAAGGCACAAGACCAACGGCUGUGGUGAAUCCAAUGGGAGUCUGCCUUUGGAAACUUCCGGCCCGAACACUGUGGAUCAGUCCUGUGCUGAGAACAGCAGAGAUGUACUGGAGAAAGAAGCUGUGACCACUUUGGAGGCAGAAGAGAGAAUAGAGGACACCAGGCCCUCCGAGGUCCUGGGCGUGGGGUCUUCCCUCAAAGUGACUAUCCAGCAGACCAGUGAGAGUCGAGCAUUUAGCACCGGCCUGGAGGAGCCAACCAGUCACAGCCAGGACGGUGAUCAAAACCCCGCCUCCAGCCACUUUGUCUGCUACAUAUGUAACACCUCGUGCUCCAGCCAGGAGGAUUUCCAGAGCCAUAUGAACACACUCCAGCACCAGCGUCGUCUGAUGGAGAUUCAGCACAUGAGCAGUACCUGCCUAGCCAAGCUACUGCCCAGCCUCACAGGACACAGAGAGCGUCGUCCUCCAUUGCAGCGCUGGUGUGCCACCUGCCAGAGCCACUUCUCAGGGGACCUCAUCGAGCACCGCCGCACCACCGAGCACAAGGUGUCCAAGCAGUCAUCGCGGCCCUUCUGCACCAUCUGCGAGAGGCACUUCAGGACGCCGCGCAAGUUUGUGGAGCACAUGAAGUCCCUGGAGCACAAACAGAGGGUGGAGGAGCUGAGAGAGGAACGAGAGCCGGAGCUGUUGGAGGAGCUGAUCACGGUGGAUGCGGUGGGCUGCUUUGAGGGGGAGGAGAACUAUGAGGAGGAGGAGGAGGAGGAGGAGGGUGGCAUAGCUGCAGAGAUGACUGGUCACAAGUCGGUAGCUCUGGAGGACAUGGGAGAUGACGAGCAGUAUGACCCUGACACGCAGUACGGUUCCAGUUUUGUGGUUCCUGUGGCUGGGUUCAUUUGCCGCCUGUGCCACAAGUUCUACCACUUCGAGUCCACAGCUUUGCAGUCACACUGCCGAUCCCUCACACACUUUCAGAACCUGCAGAGGUACAGAAGGAAGAGGCGGCUUGGCUCGACACAAGCGGCAGAGCGAGAGAUGGAGGGUGGAGUUUCACCUUUGACCCCUGAUGAUGACCCCCAUGACCUUGAGGAGGAGGAGGACCCUGAGGGCGAGGAUUGGGUGUCCCUUCCUGUGACGCAGAGAGCAGUGGGGGUGGGGGUGGGGAAGGACGUUGACAACGCAGUCUUGAACUGCAGCCGCAAGCGCACCCACAAGCGUGCUCUAGUCACAGCCACCAAGGGCAAAGCAUCUCGUGGUGGCAGAGGCAAAGCAAGGCCCACCGCAUGGGCAGUCGCAGGUUCAAAACAGACCCACUCCAGCCAUGGAACUGGUGCUGGAGCUGGAACUGGUGAGAGUUCAGCUCGUAGGACUCAAAAGCGAAACCGUCUCCCAUCUCACUGUGAGAAGAACCCACAUAACUCAGAGGAGGAGGAAGGAGAGGGGGAGCAGGAGGAUUUUGGCAAUGGAGUAGCAGGGGGUGGAAGAGGGGCCCGCUCAGGGGCCGAGCCCAGAUCCUGUGACCCUCGGGACAGGCCCAAAGCUGCUACGCCUGACCCGGACCUGGGCUCGGACCAUGCCGCUGGUACAGACAGAUAUGGGGUCCGAGGACCAGCAGAGACACACCAUCAGCAUGCUGAAGAGGAUGAACAACCCCUGCCUAUGGACCAGGGUCAGCGGACACACUCAGCUAGCCGGCAAACACACUGUCCUACUAGUCAACAGACGCAAUCCACUAGGAAAUCAACACGGACCAGUAAGAGAUUGUGAGGGUGGGUGAGUGGGAACGGUAGCCAGUCCAGUUUGGAACCAGUUGUUUUUUUCUUAAAUGGUCUCACUCUUGACCGUUUGAGGACACAUCUCAGUUGGCAGGAUCAAGUCCAGCACGGGAUCUCCAGAAAGAUGUGUGGUUGCAUGGGGGUCAGUUGCAGGUUUGGGGAGCAGUGUUGCCAGAUGUGUCAGAUCAAAUCCCACCCAAAAGGUGCUCAAAAACCACCAGGAAGCGCUAAAUUCAACCCAAUUUGAACAAAUUGUAUUGAUUUCUAAGGGCAUUAAACUGCAGAAAAUAACACCAAAUGGCAGAUUUUUCCCGUUUUUACCCGCAGACGGCCAUCCCAAGUAGCCCAAUUGGGCGGGUAACCGCCCAAUUUGGCAACACUGUUGGGGAGUCAGGCAGAAUAAAGCCUGAGGUCUACAACUGCAGUAUUACUGAAGCAUUACUGCAGUUCUGGGCAGUGAAUGUAGUAUUUCGGACAUGCAAACUGCAAAAAAUAAAACAGCAUUAUACAGUCAGUUGGACACGUGAACACUGCAAUCCUGCAACCCUGAAAAUGGUCUCCCAACUGCACUGAAAGCAGGAAAAAGAUAAAAGAUGAAACACAUUUUGUUACAACAAUUUGCACUUCUUGUUUCACUCCUUUGAAAACAUGAGCUGCUUAUAGUGCUGUUACCAUGACAACUCCUGGUUGAUCAGGAAGGGACCAAUACCUGGCAAAAUAUACUUUUCUAUGGUCUCCACACUGUAACUAACUACUGAUGAUGAUGCAAUGUUUCAAAACUGUCCAAGUUGCAAAGAAUAUUUGUAACAAUAGCAAUGAGUUUACAUCACCUACCAUAUUUCAGUUCUUUGUCAAUGGCAUGACUGCCGUGGCCACACCUUUUCAGUCAUCAAGUGUUUUUUCCCCCCUCCAUUACUGGUGUAGCACUCAAUACAAAAUGGUUUGAUGUCUAUCCUUGCAGCCACUGAAGAGAUUAAGAUGUAAGCUUUGUGGUUGAAUUCUUGACAAAAUCAGUUUGGGUGUGUUACGUGUUACUCCAUCUUUUAAAGUGUUUUUUUUUGUGUUGCUGUGAUUCUUUGGCAUUUGUAGUUCUUUGCUCAUUGCCUCAAUUAAACUGACCUUAGGUAAUUUAAAAAAAAUGAUGUGGCAGUAUAUUCUUAUUGAUCAGUUAAUUUAAGCCUCUCCUGUCUCAAAGAGCAGGGACCAAUUGUAAAAUACAAAUGGUUUAGUUUACUAACCCAGCUAAGUGAAUAAAUGUAUCUCUCUCUCCAUUUAAAAUAGCACAACGUAACACUGCGUAAUUUUAGAAUGCUAAAAACUGCACGACACCAAAACUGUCUUUUGAAAAUAUCCGGGUGACAUUGCCCGUGGCCACCAGUGGUUCACCAAAGUCAAAUCUUCAGACAGAGGCCACACUGUGAAACCAAGCCCCCAGGGCAUUCUUAUUGCCACAGCUACCACUUAACUCUUGAGUGCAUUCCAAUAUGCGACCUUGCGUCCUCCGCUUGUGCUUGUGGCCUCUUACCAGGAAGUAAUAUGUCGUGAUGACGGGACCCACUAGUUUGACGCCCUCUCUGUACUUACGUGGUACGUCACAUGGUAAUCAAACAUUUCAAACAAGCGAUUUAAGGUUAGGGUUAGGGUUAAGGUUAGGGUUAAGGUUAGGGUUAGGUUUAGGAUUAGGAUUGUAUGACGUAAGCGGUAAGUACCGAAAGGGCGUCGAAUUAGUGAGUCCCUCGUGAUGACAUCACUGACAACAGCAUUAUAUUUCAAUAUCUCCCAAAAGCUCAAUUGUAAAGUCCUUUUCUCAUUUCCAAACAGGAUGGUAAAUGAAGAAUAGUCCCCCAAAAAUUGUUUUGGCUAGGCUGACUGCAGGGAAACUUAAUUGUUUUCUGCACGGAGGCGGGGCAUCAGCAAAACGUGAGGCCACAAGCCCAAGUGGAGGUGGCAAGGUUGCGUAUUGGAAUGCACUCUCUGAGUCUGCAUUGUUAAGUAUGCCUCCCUGGAGUAGUAUUUACACAUGUGGUUAAAAUACAUACUUUUGUAACCGUAAAUGAGGUGGUCGUAAAUCAGCUACAAGAAGAGACUACUACUGGCGUUGAUUUGGUCAUGAGAGAGACAUGCUCUCUUGUACUAUCUGGUUAACUUCCU